ACUGUCUCCACAAUGGACCAAGUUAUUAUUUUCCACAUUGGACACACUGUAGAAAAGAAUAACUAGGUUUUGGAGGAAGUGAUGAUAACGACACACACACACACACAUGGGGCCACAGUUGGACUGUUUUAUGUGGCACAGAGGGGGGAGCGGACGAGCUAAGGGGGUGUAACUGGGGGGCUCAACUGUUCAAACCCCACCUCCAGACGAGUUACUGUCGGAGGAAGAAGUCGCCUGCCCCCCUUCUCUCCGCCGGCCCGUGCCUCCCGUCCUCCCGUGCCUCCCGUCCCGCUGCAGAGCUGACUGCAGCAGCAUCAUGGAGCUCCGUUACGCGCUCGCGUGCCUGUGCCUUCUCCUGCCGCCGUGCGCGCCGGACGGCGGUCCGAGCGGCCUGCUGGUCGCGGAGCCCUACGAUUACCUCUUCGACACGGCGGUGGACGCGUACAACAGGGGGGACUGGCUGUCGGUCAUCCUGAACAUGGAGAAGGCGCUGCGCAACAAGGCUACGAUCCGCGCCGUGAAGGCGCAGUGCCGGCUGAGCUGCGCCAACCACACCGCCUUCGGCGACCCGCCGGCCGCCCUGGGCGUCGCGGUGCCGGGGGCCGGCUCCGUGGACGACCUGGGCUUCUUCCAGAGGGUCCUGAAGCGGGCCGACUGCGUGAGCUCCUGCGAGCUGGACAAGCUCGGCUCGCCGACGCUGCAUCUGGUCGGCGAAGAAGUGGAGCUGGAGUUCAGGAAGAGGACCCCGUACAACUACUUACAGGUCGCCUACUUCAAGAUCAAUAUGCUGGACAAGGCAGUGGCAGCAGCGCACACCUUCUUCCUGGCCAACCCAGAUCACUUGGAGAUGAGGCAGAACCUGGACUACUACAGGAUGAUGGCAGGAGUGAAGGAGGAGGACUUCAAAGAUUUGGAGGAGAGACCACACAUGGCCGAGUUCCUGCACGGGAAGCGUUACUACAGCUACGACUCUUUCGGUCUGGCGGCCGAACACUUAGAAGUGGCCGUAGACGAGUACUUUGUCGCCGACAGGGAGUGCAGAGCUCUGUGCGAGGGCUCCUACAACUACGACGGAUACAACUACAUGGAGUACAGCGCCGACCUGUUCCAGACCAUGACAGACCACUACAUGCAGGUGCUGAACUGUAAGCAGCACUGCUCUGUGGAGUUGGCCUCCACGGCCGGCAAGGACAAGCCCUUCGAGGAUUUCCUCCCCUCGCUCUUCAACUACCUGCAGUUCUCCUACUACAACCGUGAGAAGUACGAGCCGGCAAUAGAGUGCGCCAAGACCUUCCUGCUGUUCCACCCUGCCGACGAGGUGAUGAACCAGAACCUGGCGUAUUAUUCUGCGGUGCUGGGCGAGGACAAGGCGAAAACCCUAUCAGCCAGAGAGGUCGUGAAACAGUACAUCCAGAAGUCCGUACUGGAGAAAGAGCUGCUCUACUUUGGGUAUGAGGCAUUUGGGAUCACCUUUGUAGAUCCAGACACGUGGACUCCUGAGGAUGUCAUGCCCAAGAAGCUGAGAGACAAGCAGAAGGCUGACAAGGAGACGGCGGCGAGGAUCACAGAGGAAAUAGGAAACCUAAUGAAGGAGAUCGAGACUCUGGUUGAGGAGAAGAAGAAGGACUCUUCAGAUGUAGCCAAGAUUAUCUCGCCGACAGAAGGUGGCGCUCUGCUGUCCGACGACAUCAAGGUGACCAUGACGUCCACUCAGCUGAACGGCUCUCAGCGCGUGCUGCUGGAUGGAGUGAUCAGUGGCGACGAGUGCAGGGAGCUGCAGCGUCUCUCCAAUACAGCUGCUCAGAAAGGUGAUGGCUACAGGGGGAGCACCUCCCCCCACUCCCCCAGCGAGAUGUUCCAGGGAGUGACCGUCCUGAAGGCCGUCAAGCUCGGACAGGAGGGGAAGGUUCCGCUGAAGAGCGCUCGUCUCUUCUUCGACCUGAGCGAGAGGGUGAAGAAGGUGUUGGAGUCCUACUUCCCAAUGGAGACCCCACUCUACUUCUCCUACUCCCACCUGGUCUGUCGCUCUGCCAUUGAAGAGAAGCAGGGCGACCGCGAGGACCUGAGCCACCCUGUCCACGUGGACAACUGUCUGCUGGUGUCCGAGCUCAACGAGUGUAUUAAGGAGCCUCCGGCGUACACACACCGAGACUACAGUGCCAUCCUUUAUUUGAACGAUGACUUUGAAGGAGGAGACUUCAUUUUCACUGAGCUGGACGCCAAGACGGUCACGGCUGAGGUACGCCCGCAGUGUGGCCGCGUGGUCGGGUUCGGUGCGGGGAAAGAAAACCCCCACGGCGUCAGAGCCGUCACGAAGGGUCAGCGAUGUGCCGUGGCGCUGUGGUUCACCCUGGAUCCUGCUCACGAGGAAAAGGAGAGAAUCCAAGCCCAGGAUUUGCUGAAGAUGUUUUCCACACCUGUGAAUGCGGAGUUCAGCAAGAAGGAGGCGGCGGCGGCGGGCGGCUCGGAGCCCCAACCGGCAGCACCGGCACCGGCACCCCCCGCCCAGGCCGCCCAGGAGCCAGCGGAUGGAAAACAGGAUCACAAACCGGCGGAGCAGAAGGCGGACGCGCAGGUCGACAGACCGGCCGACACGCCGGAGCACAAAAACACGGAGAGGAAGCCAGCCAGCCAAACGACCACAGGCGCCAAAGCCGAAGCUGCGCCCGCGGAGGCAAAGGCCAAAGCGGGAGUGCAGCCGAAGGACAAGGCGGCAGAAAAGGGGAAAGCUGCGGCAAAAAAAGUCGGCAAACAGACGGUCAAAACACAAGCCAAGCAGGCCGUCAAAAGGGACACAAAACCGGCUGCGGAAAAGACAGUGAAAGUCGCCGCCAGGAAGGACCUCGAACAAACCAAAGUAGACGGCGCGUCGGCCUCGGCCUCUCAGAACAGCAAGGUCGAGCUGUGAUCCAACGGCGCCUGUGACUGUGUGUGUGUGCGCUGUCUGUUUUUGUACCAUUGUGUCCAAGGUCUUUUUCUGUGGGUGUCACUAAAAUGUUGUUAAAGCAAUUGGCCGCGGUAGAUAACACAAAGCGAGGGUGUGAUACGUGAGUAUUCUCUCACAUUCUUGCUGACAAUCUGCAGAGGGGCCCAAAUCACUGUGACUGUUUUCAUCUCAGUUUUGUGCCUGAAUUCUUUUUGUCCGUGUUGUUGUUGUUGUGGUGUGAAACCAGAACGCGGGUGGGUGAGAGGGUUGUGAAUCACACUGAAAUAAAAGCAGUGUUUUCUAAA